CACAAAAGGACACACAAGAUGUCUGACAGGAACUCUGUGGAGGAUCUAUCAGGCGACAGAGCUCAGAAUUCAGAGAACUGACUUACAUGACUCUAUGGCGGAAAGGGAAUGUGGUUUUGCUCCCCUGGUGUUCAGACUGCACGGAGGAGCUCCACAGGUGGUACGUGAGGUGCUGUUGGAGCGUGGCUGGGAGGAGUAUGAUGAAGAGGAGCAGGAGGAAGGAGACUGGAACCUCUACUGGAGAGCCUCUGGCUUCCGUAAGUCAGACUACGAAAACAUCCUGCCAUGGCAGAGACUGAACCACCAUCCCAAAAUGAGCCAGAUUACACGCAAGGACUGUCUGGCACGACACAUGAGAAGAAUGAAGAUUGCUUUCGGCACAGCCCUGUACGACUUCAGCCCUGCUGCUUUCAUAUUGCCAAAUGAAUACACAAAGUUUCUUGGGGUGUACACUAGGAAUCGCAUGACUGACAGAGGGAAGUCCCGCUACUUUACAGAAAAGUACACCCUUGCUUCUUUAGAGAGCCUGUACUCUCAUUUGACGAAUACCAGCAUUAAUAAGUUUGGAAUGUGCUACGCCACGGACAAAGAGCGAGUGGGUCGAGGAUGCAAGUGGACCAUGAGCAGAUUCCGCAGUUUUCUUCACAAACAAGAUAUCAACGAACUUCUGCUGUGGCACAGGAUCAGCAAUAUCGUUACGUUGACUCUACUCACAGCCGUUCCUUGCGUUCCUUCCAACCCCAACUGUCUAGAACUGUUGGGGUUUGACAUCCUCAUUGACGCCAGCUACAAACCGUGGCUUCUAGAGGUCAACUACAGUCCUGCACUUCCAUUGGACUGCCCUGCUGACGUAAGUGUCAAGAAAGGGCUGAUCAGUGAUAUCAUUGACCUGAUGAACUACAGGAUGGUUGAUCGUUACAGACAGAAGGGAUACUGCAGGCAGAGAUCGGGUAGCCGGUAUUUACGGCCAAAAAUCUCUCAAGGGUUUUUGUUGCCCAAGACUUUACAUGCAACUCCGUUAGGCAACAAAAACAGGAAUCAGUCUAUCUCAAACUCUUCAAGUUCUCAAGACACUUCUGUAAAUGUUUGUGCUAGUAAUGACAUCGGUUAUGUUACUUGGCCCAUUCACUCCAAUUCGAAAUCUAUUGGACAUGAAAAGGCUCCUCAGAAGUUUGAGGACAUUAACGACGAGGUGGAAUCCGAUGGCCUGAAACUCACAACAUUUAACAGCAUGAGGCAAUCGCACAGAAAUGCACCAUCUACCGUAUGCAAGUUACCAUCUCUUCACGUACAUAAACUCAAAUCUCCAGCCGUCCCAUGGAACAGCAUGACUCAAGACAGAGGCAUCCCUCCUUGUCGCGUUGGGGACUUCAUACUGACGUUUCCUUUUAAUGAGGCUACGUGGAAAGCCUCUCAGGACCAAGCGGAUGUUAAGGCUAUUGUGAAUGAGGUUCAUAAACUCACAAACCGACUGGCAUCUUCCUUUAGUGAAAAAGAGAGGACGAAGAUGGAAAGCGGUCAGAGCAUUGAUGUCCGGGACAAAUUUGAGCCUCUGCUUUGGGGGCCGAAAGAUCCACCUCUUCUCAGCAAAUGCUGCUCCUUGAAUUCAGAAGUCAAGUAA